AUGGCUGGAAGAAGGUGUGGAAUGGCCAUCGCUGGUGGAGGGUGUGGACUGACCAUCGCUGGUGGAGGGUGUGGAGAGGCCAUCACUGGUGGAGGGUGUGCAGUGGCCAUGGCUGGAGGAGGGUGUGGAGUGGCCAUCACUGGUGGAGGGUGUGUAGAGGCCAUGGCUGGAGGAGGGCGUGGAGUGACCAUCACUGGUGGAGGGCGUGGAGAGGCCAUGGCUGGAGGAGGGUGUGGAGUGACCAUCACUGGUGGAGGGCGUGGAGAGGCCAUGGCUGGAGGAGGGCGUGGAGUGACCAUCACUGGUGGAGGGCGUGGAGAGGCCAUGGCUGGAGGAGGGUGUGGAGUGACCAUCACUGGUGGAGGGCGUGGAGAGGCCAUGGCUGGAGGAGGGUGUGGAGUGACCAUCACUGGUGGAGGGCGUGGAGAGGCCAUGGCUGGAGGAGGGUGUGGAGUGACCAUCACUGGUGGAGGGCGUGGAGAGGCCAUGGCUGGAGGAGGGUGUGGAGUGACCAUCACUGGUGGAGGGCGUGGAGAGGCCAUGGCUGGAGGAGGGUGUGGAGUGACCAUCACUGGUGGAGGGCGUGGAGAGGCCAUGGCUGGAGGAGGGUGUGGAGUGACCAUCACUGGUGGAGGGCGUGGAGAGGCCAUGGCUGGAGGAGGGUGUGGAGUGACCAUCACUGGUGGAGGGCGUGGAGAGGCCAUGGCUGGAGGAGGGUGUGGAGUGACCAUCACUGGUGGAGGGCGUGGAGAGGCCAUGGCUGGAGGAGGGUGUGGAGUGACCAUCACUGGUGGAGGGCGUGGAGAGGCCAUGGCUGGAGGAGGGUGUGGAGUGACCAUCACUGGUGGAGGGCGUGGAGAGGCCAUGGCUGGAGGAGGGUGUGGAGUGACCAUCACUGGUGGAGGGCGUGGAGAGGCCAUGGCUGGAGGAGGGUGUGGAGUGACCAUCACUGGUGGAGGGCGUGGAGAGGCCAUGGCUGGAGGAGGGCGUGGAGUGACCAUCACUGGUGGAGGGCGUGGAGAGGCCAUGGCUGGAGGAGGGUGUGGAGUGACCAUCACUGGUGGAGGGCGUGGAGAGGCCAUGGCUGGAGGAGGGUGUGGAGUGACCAUCACUGGUGGAGGGCGUGGAGAGGCCAUGGCUGGAGGAGGGUGUGGAGUGACCAUCACUGGUGGAGGGCGUGGAGAGGCCAUGGCUGGAGGAGGGCGUGGAGUGACCAUCACUGGUGGAGGGCGUGGAGAGGCCAUGGCUGGAGGAGGGCGUGGAGUGACCAUCACUGGUGGAGGGCGUGGAGAGGCCAUGGCUGGAGGAGGGCGUGGAGUGACCAUCACUGGUGGAGGGCGUGGAGAGGCCAUGGCUGGAGGAGGGUGUGGAGUGACCAUCACUGGUGGAGGGCGUGGAGAGGCCAUGGCUGGAGGAGGGCGUGGAGUGACCAUCACUGGUGGAGGGCGUGGAGAGGCCAUGGCUGGAGGAGGGUGUGGAGUGACCAUCACUGGUGGAGGGCGUGGAGAGGCCAUGGCUGGAGGAGGGCGUGGAGUGACCAUCACUGGUGGAGGGCGUGGAGAGGCCAUGGCUGGAGGAGGGCGUGGAGUGACCAUGGCUGGUUGA